CUGGAUCAUCCGGAUAUAAUGGCAAGGUAUCCGGAAAGCGACCUUGGGUUUGCCAGCCGCAAACCGACGAGUGGAGUGGUGCCAUGGACGCCAGCGGAGCCGCGAUGGACCAGCCACGGAAGAAGCGCAGCCGCUUCAGCGAGGCCGUGGAGCCUGCGCCAUCUGCUGCGGCCGUUGAUACUGCGAAGCGUCCCAAGAUCGAUCCGGCGGCGCUCGCAAAAGCGGCCGCGGCCGCGAUCUCCAAGCAGCUGCCAAAGCACUUGGAGGCGACCGUCGGCGACGCCGAGCGCAAGAAGGCUGCACUCGAGCGGCUUGCUCGGCAGCAGCACUUGAUCAAGUCCAUGCAAGCACAGAUUGGCCACGUCCAGGCUGCGGUGAGCAGCACGACCAAUUCUUUGAUUGGGCGCGGGUCGUUUCUCCCGGCGCCGCUGCUGCUCGAUAACGAGGGCCGCCAUAUUGACGCUGAAGGCAACGUGAUUGAAGAAAAAGUGGCGCCCGUCGCGACUCUCAAGGCCAACUUGGGCGCCGGCGCCGAGGCCGAGAAGGCCAAGCAAAAGAAGCCCGUGAACCCGUACCUUUCGUUCCGCAGCGUCGACCACCGAGACCGCGUCGAUACGGUCGACCCGCGCUUGAAGACACGCAACCGCGACACGCGCGGCGCCAAGAACUUUACCUUUGUCAAGCAAGGCACAUACAUCAAGCAAGGCGAACAACUCCGUGCGCGCGAAGCCAAGAAAAUGCUGGCGGGCUUCUCGUCCGGCCGCAACCCCAACGCGUACGUCAAGGAGUCCGUCGUGGACCUCGGUGACGACGAGGCUGGUGACGCCGCCGCCGCCGCCGCGACAGCCAACAGCCUCGAAGUGCCCAUGAAGCUCGAAGAGCCAGUGCCCGAGGUCGAGUGGUGGGACAUUCCGUACUUGUCCAAAGACAAACAAGAAAUGCUGGACAAGAACGGGUUCCUCAAGGGCCGCGGCCGCUCCGACGUGAUCGACUACGUCGCAGACAUGAAGCUCAAGUAUGCUGGCACCGCGCACUUGAUUGAGCACCCAGCGCGCAUCCGCGUCGGCCGGAAGGAGGCGCCCGUGACGCUGCCACUCAUGCUGACAAAAGCGGAGCGCAAGCGCAUUCGUCGCACGGCCCGCGCCGAGCGACUCAAGGAGGUCCAAGACAAGAUCGCACUGGGGCUUUUGCCCCCGCCGGAGCCCAAAGUCAAACUCAGCAACAUGAUGCGCGUGCUCCAGGACCAAGCGGUAUCGGACCCGUCGGCGAUCGAGCGCAAAGUCCGCGCCCAAGUCGCCCAGCGCGAGAAGAACCACGAGAUGCGCAACUUGGCGCGCAAGCUCACGCCGGAAGAGCGCCGCGAGAAGAUCAUGCGCAAGCUCAAGGCCGACGCGUCCGGCGACCUCCACGUCGCGCUCUUCCGGGCACCCGACCUCUCGCAUCCGCAGCACCAGUUCAAGGUGGACGUGAACGCCCAGCAACUACACCUCACGGGUGCCGUCGUGACUGUCAAAGAGAACCCGGAGCUCAACCUCGUCGUUGUCGAGGGCGGCCCCAAGUCGAUUAAGAGCUACGUCAAGCUCAUGUGCCGACGCAUCGACUGGGCCAAGCGGCCGCCCCCGCGCGCGCCCAAGGUCGACCCGAUGGACGCCACCAACGACGACGAUGCGCAGAACGAGACGGAGGAAGCCCUGACGCAAGACGAAGUGAUGUCGGAAGCGACGCAGCCGGCGCUGAAACGACCCAAGAAGAAGGCCAAGUGCUACUUGGUCUGGAAGGGCAUCGUCGCCAAGCGGGCGUUUGCUUCUUUCAAGUUUCAAGAAUGCAAAACAGCCUCGACCGCGCGCAAGGUGCUCGAAGCCAAGCACGUGGAGCAGUACUGGGACAUGAUUGAGAGCUACAACCCGCUGCUCGAGAACCCGCACAUGGCUGACGAAAACGAAAACGACGAUGACGACGACGACGAGAGUGACGACGACGAAUAACGCCGCUGGAGAUACGAACCCUCGGUGAGCAACCCCAACCCUUGACUCUAUUCGGUUCCUGGCUCGAGGUGCUACAUGCCAUGCGCAUCCUAGUCGCUACGCACAUGUUGGACCCGGAUAUAGACAAUAUGUGCAUGUGGUUACGAGGUAU